AGCUGAGUCUUUCUGCGCUCUUCGACUUUAAAUAUUUGAUUCUUGACCGUCCCCUGGCUUCUCCCGUGCCACCCUCGCUCUUUGAACUUCGCCCCCGUCCGGCUCGCACUGACAGACGACCGUGUUGUCGGUAACCCAACCAUUUGCAGACUCCACUGCUAAGUGCGACCCUCAGCGCCGUCUCAUGACCUGCUGGCAGCUAUAAGCAGGCCCUGGUACUCGACUUUCCCGAAACUUUUCCUCCAGACCUUUCCAAGCUCCAAUUCCUUUCCACACGCCUCGCCAGUGUGCGUUGCCAAACCGCUUUUCGGGCCAGAUGGUUACGAUGGCUUCGAACGGGUGAGUAUUCCGCACUCGGCUGCACACCGACGCUCGUUCGCCAUUUGGCUGCGGCGGCAGCAGCGCGAGCAACAAACACCACGAACCACUCCCGUUUGACAGGCGACGGGCGGCGGGCCGGAUGUUUUCCAUACGCUCUUCUCUCGCUCCUGUCACCCACUCUCUACCUAUCUCCCUCUCUCGCUCGCGCACAUAUGCACACACUACACCUGCACCCACUCACCCACCCUCUCUUACGCUCUCUCUCCUUUCCCUCUCCUUCACAUACACGCACAGACACAUCAGAGCACACAAAGUCCUCCCGCUCUCAGCACAGACACCACUUACCACCCCUCGUCCUCCGCACCCUGCACCCUUCGGCCUGCCAGACGAGGUGAUCGAAGCACGCGGAACUUCAGGGCUGACUCGACUCUCUUCUUGCUCGCAGGUUGGCAGUACCGGCGGCACAGAAUUAUGUGGAGAAUGGACGACUCUAUCACGGCUUUCGGCGGGGCGUCUACAUGUAUCCUUGCGACGAGGAGGAGAAGGAUCGUAUGGACAUUUACCAUAAAAUCUUUGAGGUUGCACGAAGAGGACAACUGCAUCAGGCGCCCAUCUACGUAAACCCUCACGAUCCUCCACGCAUACUCGAUCUUGGAUGCGGAACAGGGAUUUGGGCAAUCGACAUGGCCGAUAAAUAUCAGACUGCUGAGGUCGUAGGACUUGAUCUUGUCAAUAUCCAGCCCGAGAAAAUCCCACCUAAUCUGCGAUUUCGCGUCCCGCGCGACUUCGAAAGCCACGUGUGGAGUCUCGGUGAAGAUUCUUGGGAUUUGAUACAUUUGCAGCAGGCCAGUGGCAGCGUGUCUAGUUGGCCAGAGUUGUACCAGAAGAUUUUUCAGCACCUGAAGCCGGGCAUUGGCUGGAUAGAACAAGUCGAAAUCGAUCUUGAGCCCCGCUGCGACGACGGAACUUUGCCGAGCAAUUCGUAUCUCGUGCAAUGGUAUAACUAUCUCGCAGACGCAACGCAAAGAGCUGAUCGUCCAAUUGCGUAUCAACACACCACGAGACAGAUGCUGCAGGCCGCCGGCUUCAUUGAUAUCCAGGAAACUAUUAUCAGAGCCCCUCUGAAUGGCUGGCCUUCAGAUCCACAUCAGAAAACCAUUGGUCGCUGGUACAACCUCGGCCUGACAGAUGGAAUUGACGCGCUCAGCUUAGCACCAUUCACUCGAGUCAAUCGAUGGAGCGCGGAAGAACACGUUCGACCGCUGGUGAAGGAGGUCAAGAAGGAGAUCUCAAAGUCAAAGUUUCAUGCUUACAACAACAUUCACAUAUGGACUGCCAGAAGACCGGUGCAAUGAUUGUAGGAGUGGAGCUCUGCAGGCGCAUGUUACUCCCCCUCUGAUCGUGCACCGUCCAAUAUCAUUCAUCUCUCACUAACGCCUUUGUGGCUAACGUGAAUCGCUCAAUGGCAUUGCUACCAUUGCGCACGAACCGAAACCUACCUAACUUCUCUCACCCACGCAGACUCCAAUACACCGCACGAUCUUCCUCCCUCCUUCUUUCUCUCAGACAGACAAAGACUACGCAGACCGACAGUGAAACACGCGGAUCCAACUGACAGCAAUCCUAAUCACCUCUAAACAUGCGUAAGGUACGCGUAAUACGGCGACACGGCUAUAUCCCUACCAAGUCUAGACCUUGGUUUUUUUACCCCCGACUGGCGGUACUCAUCCUUCGUAACGUAGGUUGUCUAAGUAUGGACUAUUUCGUAGAUCGACCGGCGGGCAAAGCUUUGGUGCAGCAGCCUUUGCUCAACGCGGGACGUUGCUCAACAAAGGAUGAUUUGACGACAGACCAUUUUCCCGCGAAAGGAGGAUGCUAGUUCAUCUAUUCUAUUUCUAGUCUUGGUUUUCUUUCUUGUGAAUUCUGAGAGAGCUCAACUGGACAUCAAAAUAGGGCGGGUGGUCUAUCAUGAGCUUCAUAUUUGGCGUUUGAAUUGUGGGCAUCUGUUAGCUCCGAUACCAUGUACAGCAACAGGUUGGAAGAGGUAGCACCAGGCAUGGGUGGGCGCUCGUACAGCGAGUCUCUCGCCUUUUUUUUGAAUUUAAAUGCACAUGAAUUAUUACAACGCUGAUACGAAUGCACGUACCGCGUCAUGAGCCACUUGGCACGACGAGAAACUGGGGAAGAUGAACGUGCGUAGGUGCAAUGAGCGUACGUCAGGAAUGCAACCUGAUCAUGGGUUGUCAUCGUAAUCUUUGGCGAGGACGCCGGAUCAUGCUUGGAAGGCUUUUGAGAGGGCAGCAGGGACUGUUCAGCUCCCCAUGAGGCAUGUACCAAAGUCACAUUCC